AUGCGCUCUAGCAACAAGAGCUAUGUCAACAUCAACGACGCGGGCAGCGAGAGGAGAGAGGGCACGCCGUGGUACUGGCGCCUCAUAGCCCUGGCGGCGUCAUGGAUGAUAUUGGGAGGCUACCUCAUCCUGCCCGGCCUCUACGCCAACGAUCCCAAGCUCAGGUUCAGCGAAGCAGUUCUGUCUGUCUUUGUUGUCGCACUCCUCACUGCCGGCUAUUCAUUCACGGCGCUGCUCUGCUUCGCCUGUCGCAAUGAGCGCUUCCAAGCUGAAGCUGUCUUUCUCCCCGCACUCGCCUCCUCCGCCCUCGGCCUCAUUUCUAUAGCCUACAACUUCCUCUCCUCCCACAACUAUCACUGGGGCAAUGCCGCCAUUAGCGGCACUGUAACCAGCGCCGCCGGCACCCUCCUCUACACCUCUCUCCUUCUCUGGACAUACCGCCGAAUAGUAAAGUCCAGACGCCAGACAGACACGCGCGCAAACCUCUGGUCCGAGCAAUCCUACUACAGCAACUUCAUCCCCAACAUGUAUCCCACCGCCAUGCGCUCGCCCUCUAACCCGCCACCCGCCGCCGUGUACACAGAAGACGAUCGUGUUAACCAGCAAAUGGCGCUGCUCCUCGCAAAAGGCGACCCGCGACCCAGUCCCGAUGCCAACAGCACCUUCAGAAUAGACCUGCCAGAAGACCGGGAACAGCAAGAAAGACAUCUGCGCAGUCAGGAGUUGGUCGGUACGCCUGCACAAACACAUGUCGACUGGAACCGCGAUCGAUCCGACAGUAGACCCGACAGUCUGAGUGAACACCAGGCAUGGCAGCAAUGGCAGGGCCGCGGAAGAAGUACAAAUCGGCCGUCGAGUGCGGAUGGAAGACACAGUAACCACUCGAGAAAUGUCAGCCGCGAGGAGCGGAGGAGAGAGAUCGAGCUUGGUCAACUGCAGCGCGCAUGA